AUGGUGCUGGCGAGCGAGGUGCCAGUGGCCAAGCGGGUGGCUCAAGUGAUCUGCUCCGUCUUCUUCUGUUUGACUUGCGCGGGCCUUAUCUUUGGCUUUGCCGCCCUCAAGCCAGUACUCGUUGACGAAGGCAUCUACAGCGAGCUAUGCACGCAGGAUGAGCUCCAGCGAGACGUGUGGGUCUGUCUCGAGCAAGAUACUCGACUCAAUCUCAUGUUCACGAUCGCCACCGUUGUCACCAAUGUCUCUGCUCUGCCCAUAGGCUUCUUGCUCGACCGCAUAGGACCUCAGCGAACGAGCAUACUUGGCGGCUGCAUAUUUGCCAUCGGGUGCUUGCUCUUCGGCUUGGGCAUCAGAUCGCCAGGCGUAGAUACCUUUCUCGCUGGUUACGUCGUCAUCGCUGUCGGCUCGCCCCUCAUCUUCCUGCCCUGCUUCCAGCUCUCCAACGCCUUCCCGGCCAAUUCCGGACUCGUCCUGUCAUCCCUCACCGGCUCUUUUGAUGCUUCGAGCUUGCCUCUCGUUGCCUUUCGCGAGCUGCACUUCGGUCUCGGCGUCUCGUCAAAGACCUUUUUCCUGGCCUACGCGCUUCUUGGCUUACUCGUCGUGCUCGAACAAGUUCUGCUGGCUCCAAAGACAUCGUAUGCACGCGGCGAUGACCCCAAACCAACGCAAAAUGACAAUACAGUCACACUUGUUGAUGAGGCCAGCACACGUCAGACUGGCACGCUCGAGUAUACCGUAGAGCCCAUGUCAGAGUCGAACAUCAAUGCCUCGACGUUUUCGCGCGUCUUCUAUGGCGAGAACGCGGAUCGAGACGAUGUACUUGCAGAGGUGCUCUCCGGCGAUCCCCUCACAGGCAAGCUCUUCGGCCAGUCUGCUCGACAGCAGAUCCUGUCAUCCUGGUUCUGGCUCGCUGCUGCUUUUCUUUGUAUCCACAUGCUGAGGAUCAAUCUCUACAUCCAAUCAGCCUUCACGCAGCUCGUCCAUUACACUCGCGAUGAGCUUCUAGCCGAUCAACUGACGCGAGCUUUCACCUAUCUACUGCCCCUCGGGGGCAUCGUCGCCAUCCCAUUUGUUGGGUAUCUGCUGGACAAGCGCUCUAUCAGGGAUACCACUAUCGUCCUUGCCCUCUUUGGUGUCAUCUUUGGCAUCUUCGGACUCGCUCAUGGCACUCCUGCCCAGGUCGUGUCGAUAGCCACGCUCACUCUGCUCCGACCGCUCAUGUACACCGCCGUUUCAGACUAUUGCGCCAAAACAUUUGGCUUCCAGACCUUUGGCACCGUCUACGGACUCAUGAACACUUUGUCUGGCCUGUUCGGCCUGGUGCAAUACGCGCUCGAUUUACUCAUCAAAGGCCCGCUGCAAGGUAAUUAUACCCCGGUCAACGUUGGGCUACUGAUCGCUGGUCUCAUCACUUCGGUCGGCUUGGCCUCCCGCAUCCACUAUGGCACUCGCGACGGCGUCGUUGCCUUGCUUUGA